UCACCAGGCACGACAGUGGGCUCCGAGUCAACUGGCAUGACCGCUGGCACUGGGUCAGACAUUGGAUCGUCUGGCUGGACAGCGGGCAUCGGAUCACCAGGCAGCGGGCGCCGCGUCAUCUGGCAAGGCAGUGGGCUCCGAGUCAACUGGCAUGACCGUGGGCACUGGGGCAGACAUUGAAUCGUCUGGCUGGACAGCGGGCAUCGGGUCACCAGGCAUCAGGUCAUUUGGCUCGACAGCGGGCACCGCGUCAUCUGGCAAGGCAGUGGGCUCCGAGUCAACAGGCACGACUGUGGGCACCGGGUCAUCAGGUACCGGAUUGUCUGGCUCGACAGCGGGC